AGUAAGCGGGAGAGAGGACCCAAAAGAAGAGAAGCGAAGUGAGAGAGACGAAAAUGGCGAGGAAUUUGGCGGUUUUGAUGCGGCAGUUGCUUGGUAAUCGCAACAACCCGUGUGCAGCAGGUCUUCUUCAUCAUCUUCACCAAAAAUCCAUCCAAAACCUAACUUCAAUACGAAAUACCACACCAUCUUCACCACAGACAAUCGAUAUUCGUUCCGCUUCCAAACCCUUCUCCCAUUAUUCCAUUCACACCCCAAACCUUCAAUUUCUGCAACAGCGACGAUGCCUCUCCUCAUCCUCGUUCUCACUCUCAGAGUCAGAGUCAGAUUCAGAUUCAAUAAAUUUACUUUCAGGUCCCUCAAACCUAUUCGUCAUUGAGACUCUCGUCAUGCAUUAUGAGGCACUUGAAAAGUUAAAAAUGAUAGUUUGUCUGCGGUUUUCUACUACACUGCACCCGGGUGCCGGGCUACCCAAUGGCCCAUUGGACAUAUUUGGAGACAGGAAAGCCCCUGAAUCCUCAUUGGACAAGUUGGAAAUUCACAAGACGCCAACGUUCCAUUGCUAUCUAAAGGGGGAACGGGUAGAUGAGCUUGCCGGUGCUUCAGCCAGACACUGGAAAAAAAGACUUGAAAAUGUCUACAACCCCUCUGGGAUGAAGAAAAGGAAAAGGAGAAGACAAGGUAAGAAAGAUGAGAAUGAUGGAGGACUUGUUCAGGUACUUCCAAGUAGGUUUCCUGAAACAUCACUGCCUGGAGUGUUGUCGAGUCUUCAGGGAUCGACUAAUGCAGGAACAUGCCGUUUUGGGAUGUGGGCUUUUGCAAAGGGGAUGCUUUUAUGUCAAGAGAACAGACAGAGAAUUUCUAAAUUGGAAGGUCGUGAAUCCAAGUUGGAAUGGUUAAAGCAUGAAAUGGCUGAGAAAUGAGUUAGAGGCACUUGUAUGUUAAGUUGCCUGAUAUUAUUUUAUAUAUGGUUUAGUUUAGACUUGUGUGGUGCUGAAUUUGGAAUUUGGAUAAUUACCUUAUGCUUGACUGUCAUUUAGGU